AUGUCGGUGCCUCCGCGCGCGGCUCCGGUCCGGACGCUGUGUAACCCCGAGUUCCCGGGCUGGGAGGGCGCGGCGGCUCCGGGAGUUCGGAGCCGGCCAGGGGCGCCCGGCGGGGGGCGGAGGGGGGGCUUCAGGCGCCGCGCGGGCCUGGUCCCUGGACACCGGACCGGUUAUUCGCAGUGGGGCACGGUUCUGUCCACCGGGUUCUCGGGCAGUGGGAGACUGGUUUCACCUGUACUCGAGACAGCCCUGUGGUUGUGUGUAAGUAACUCCUGUGUCUCUCUCGCGCCCACAGCCCCCUUCUGGUCACCUGCUCGCUGGUCCAGUUCUCAGAGGACGCUGCUUCCAGAAAGAUACGUUCCCAAGACAUCCCUCAGCUCCCCGCCUUGGCCAGAGAUUGUGCUGCCCGACCCCGUCCAGGAGGCCAAGCACCACACAGAGGUUGUGGCGUCGGUGAAUGAGCUGAUCGCCACGGGCCAGUACAGCCGGCUUUUCGCCGUGGUGCACCUGGCCGGCCACCAGUGGAAGGUGACCAGCGAGGACCUGAUCCUGGUAGAGAAUGAUCUGGACGCUGCCUGCGGGGAGAGGAUCCGCCUGGAGAAGGUCCUGCUGGUCGGGUCAGAUGACUUCACACUGCUGGGCAAGCCGCUUCUCGGAAAGGAGCUCGUCCGGGUGGAAGCCACUGUCAUCGAGAAAACAGAAUCCUGGCCGAAAAUCAACAUGAAGUUUAAGAAGAGGAAGAACUACAGAAGGAAGAGAAUCAUUGUCACGCCGCAGACUGUCCUCCGGAUCAACAGCGUGGAGAUUGCACCCUGCCUGCGGUGAUGGACACACAGACAGAAUAAAAGCCCUCCUGGAGACGCAGAUGCAUGGUCCAGUGGAGGCCGGACACCAGGCACAUGGCACUCCACCUUGGGGCACUGGGCCAAGAAGCUGGCCCUUGGGAAGUGCCUCAGGGCCUGUCUGCCUGAGGUGGGGAGGGGCCCUAGGUGUGCAGCCAGGACCACUGUUCAGAUGGCUGCCCGCUGGGCUCCGUUCAGGUGGGGUGGGUGCACACAAACGGGCCUCCCAGCUCCCAGCCGGACUGUCUCCUUUAUUAAAGCUGAGCUUCCACCCGU